GAGACGGUGGUGACUCUACAGGGCAGCCGAUAACCCAACUUAACCUCCAUUAUUGAUCUAUGGAGACGAUUUAUGGCCGAUUGAUGACUUAAAAUAGUAUUAACUGGAAGAUAAGAUAAGAGAGGUGGAUAGUAUUGAUGUUAACAGCUAUUGGUGGUCGAGCAAUAAGAAGAGUUGUAACGGGGACUUGGCAGAAACACAGAACCCACGUCUCUUCAAAGGCCAAGAUGAACGUAAAGAAUAAAUCCGUCGCUCUCUGUUGGCUGCGGAACGAUUUGCGAUACCACGAUAAUGAGGUGUUGAUGAAAGCAAAUACCAACGUCGACGAGGUCGUUCCCGUGUAUUGCUUCGACCCGAGACACUUCCAAGAGACUUAUCACUUCUGUUUCUCCAAGACCGGAAACCAUCGUGCCAAGUUCCUCCUUCAGAGUGUCCAGGAUCUGAGAAACACUUUACGUUCGAGAGGGAGCGACUUGUUGGUGAGGUUUGGGGAGCCAGAGGUAAUUAUUCCGUCGAUUUUAAAGACCAUCGCAGCAGCCUCCUACUUUGUUGUUUAUCAGGAAGAGGUAACGAGAGAGGAGAAGGAUGUCGAACGAGCUCUGCGAGAACGCUGUAAGGCGGCUGGGGCUCAAAUUCAUUCUUUCUGGGGUUCGACGCUCUACCACAAGAAUGACUUACCGUUUGCCGUCAAUAACAUCCCGGACACUUUCACGGGAUUUAGAAAAGCCGUCGAAGCGCAGAGUCGAGUCCUAGGCCCCAUAGUAAUGCCGGAGAAAUUAAAGCCACUUCCCUCGGGCAUUGACCUCGGAGAUUUACCCACACUAGAGCGACUCGGUGUUAAAGAUGCCCCAACGGACAGACGAACAGCUUUUCCGUUUUCUGGCGGGGAAACGUCCGGUCUGGAACGGGUGAAACGGUACUUCUGGGACUCUAACAACGUUGCCAAGUACAAGGAGACGAGGAACGGACUAUUGGGGGAGGAGUACUCGACGAAGUUGAGUCCGUGGUUAGCCCACGGUUGCCUCUCACCUCGCUAUAUCUUCGCUGAAAUCAAGAAAUACGAAAGCGCUCGAAUCGCCAAUCAGAGUACGUACUGGGUGGUGUUUGAGAUGAUCUGGCGAGACUAUUUUAAAUUUGUUUGUGUGAAGUACGGCGACCGCGUGUUCUAUCCUUCCGGCAUUAUGGGCAAAAAGAGACAAUGGAAGAAUGAUCCGCAGGUUUUUCAGACGUGGAAAGAUGGUCAAACAGGAGUGCCGUUCGUAGAUGCCAACAUGCGGGAGUUAAAAGAGACGGGCUGGAUGAGUAAUCGCGGCCGUCAGAACGUAGCCUCAUUUCUCAUUAAGGACCUGGGUUUGGACUGGAGACUUGGUGCUGAAUGGUUCGAGUCGCAGUUGUUAGACCACGAUGUAUGCAGUAACUACGGCAACUGGAACUACUCGGCAGGUAUCGGUAACGACCCUCGAGAAAACAGGAAAUUCAAUAUGGUGAAACAAGGACUGGACUAUGACCCGAAGGGUGAGUUCAUCCGCACGUGGGUCCCGGAACUCGCCGAGAUCAGAGGUGCCAUGGUUCACACGCCUUGGAAGAUGUCUCUGCACGACCUAGGCAAAGCAGGAGUGUCCCUCGGAGAAUAUUACCCCAAUCCUGUCGUUGUGGCCCCAGAGUGGAGUCGUCAGGAUCACAGGGUGACGUCGAGGACCACUAAACACAAGAACGCGUGGACCAAUCAGGGAAGAGAACCCAAGCAACGAGGAAUGGAUUUUUAUUUCAAGUCAAACAAUAAAUCUUAAAUCCAGCUUAGAAAAUCAACAAAUUUAUUAAAGUAUUAUUUGGGUGCAAGAAUUUAUUGAUCUGUGGUUAAGUUAGGUUUGGAUGGGUUAAGUCAGGUCAAUCGGACAUAUGGAUAGGCGUCUGUGUAUCCAGCAGUAAUUGGGGACCUGGAUGUUAAUAGAUUUGUGGAUGGUGUUCUUGGGUAAUGGUUAGCCAGUACAGUUGGUGAGUUGUCCGGUCUUCAAGGACUAUUCCUUGACACCAGGUCAUGCAACUUGUUAACUCAGGGUUUAAUAUAUUGUUCAGUUAGCAUCUUGUACCUUAGUUAGGUAACUCUUCUUGGUUAUAUAUAAAUUCAUCCUUGGGCAGUCAUUUUCUUAUAGUAGCCAAUGCUGAAAUGUCAAACUCUGGGUUAAAAUUUGUUUUUUGAUCAUGUCAAGCAGAAGACUUGUUGAAAUUAACAUACAAUAUUUAGAUAUUUACUCUUCUUAUAUACAACUUUUCCUAAUAGUACUGGCAUGUGUUUAUCUAGCAAUGGUAUUUAAAGAAUGAUUGCUACAAGAAUGGCAUUAAUUUUGUGGACUUGAAUAUAGAGUUUUAUGUUAAUACAGGCCGUCCCUAAUUUACAACAGAGAUAAGUUCCUCGACCCAUAGUUUAGGUUAGGUUAAAGCCCAUACAAAACAACAAUAAUAUCCCAUAUAUCAAAAAUAAUGUAAAUAAAGUGAUGUUAAACAUUAUAUAAUGAUGAAAAUAAUGAAAAAAAUGGGAUUUUAAUUAAAAUUUUUUGCAGUGAAUGUAUUGAGAUCCCGUUCAUAAGUGCGGGUGAUGGUAAGUCUGACGGUCGUAACUCGGGGACUGCCUGUAUACACUUUAUGUUUGGCCAUGAUGUGCCACAAACAUUAAUAUCUUACAGAAUGAGAUAUAAGUAUUUAAACUAUU